AUUUUAUAUAUUUUGAUUUGACGACUAAUAAUAUUCAGAUAUUAGAAAAAAGAAAUAGUCAAGUUUUUUACACAGCGUUUCAAAUUUCUGAAAACGCAAUAAGAUGUAAUUUUCACAAUAUAUAACUUUUUGCGAGGGGAAAAAAAACUUUUUACAAUUGUAAAGUUCACGUGAACCGGAACACUUUCUCCGUCGCUUCCAUUGAAAAUCGAAUUCGGUGAAAAGCAGCAGAGCGCGCGAAAAACUGAGAGAGAAAAUGGUGACAAGCGAAAGAGAAAUAGCAGAAGCUCUCAAGCCAAAAAUCGCAAUACAAUGUGCUAAAUCUGCUAUUCUCAUCUCUUCUCUGAAAAACACUACUCUCGAUUCGGCCAGUAUUAAUAAAAACAAUAAUGAGGAGUAUUUGAAAGAGGUCGAGGAAUUGAAGAUGGAGAUAUUCAAGCAGAAAUUGAAGAACAAGAAGCUCAAACUCUGCAGUGUUACGGAGUUAUUGAUUCAAGUUAUCGUUUUACUCUCCAUUUGGACCAUGCUUCUGUUGCUCGCCUUCAAUUGAUCCAAGUACUGUUGUUCGAGGCAUUUUGUUGCUCUAUUCGGUAUUUCUAUGUUGACUGUUCACAUAUCGUUCUUCAUUGAAAUGAAUUUGUUUGCUAGUGUUAAAUUCUAGUAGUAACUUUGAUCAACCAAUAGAUGAACCAAGUACUGCAGAUUUUUGAAAGUAUUGCAUGAUUUUAUGGUUAAUUUGGUGGUGUUCGGUUUGUGGAUAGUAAAUUUUGGAAUCUUAUCAAGGAAAAAAAGUUCAAAUCUUCGUCGUCUAGCAUGAGAAUUACUAUUUUUCUUUCGCCGUGUAACAUAUAUCUGAUUGGUUAAACUGCAUCGUGGGUAUAAUGUUUCUGUAUUUGUUGUAUUUUCUGGUGUUGUAGUUGUAAAUUUGCAGUUGUAGAUUGCAUUUGCUUUAAUUUUCUAUCUCCAUUUUGCUCGUGCCAGUAAUCGGUGUUUUCUAGAAUUUCUCAUUUGCUGUUUACCACCAACUGAAUGUUCCUCUAAAUAUAUCUCGAGUCUAGAAAGGGAUUCACCAUUAAAAAAAUGUAUCUCGAGGCGGAGAAACUAUUUUUUUUUUUUUUUAAAUAUUUAAAACUAGGCCGAAGUAGUCAUUAAUGCUUGCAUUAAGGUAGGUUAUUUACAUCACAUUCCUUUUGAGUGUGGCCCUUCUCCGGACCCUGCUAAUGCGUGAUGAUUUGUACACCGGCCUGCCCUUAAAAUCUUGUUCCUAUCUGAUACUUCCCUUGAGGAUUGGUAAAGUUAGUGACCAUGGGAUAAAAGAUGGUUAUUUUUCUUCAUUUUUUGGGGGUAUGUAUUGCAAGUCAAGUUGUAAUCUCUUUUCUGGAGGGGCAUCUAGUAAUUGUGGGGAUUACAGUAAUUGUGUAUGUUGCCUUCUUUUAAAGGAAGGAAAAGACACCUAGAUCGAUGUUAAUAGUCACUUUUUAACACUAGGAUAUGUAAAUGAAAGUGGUCAUUAAGGACAAUGAUGAUGCAAAAUGCCCAUGAAAACAGUAGUUGGUAGAUUAAUGGGCGGAAAUUGACAAAUGCUUAGAUGUGGAAACUUGAACAGCUAAAAAGUUUCUUCAAGUCUUAGUCAACAAGUGAUAAAUAAAGCAGUAUUAGUUGGCUGGAAUUAAAAACAAACAAUCUUAUACAGUUGUAAUAAAGAAAUCAACACAUCUUUGCUUAAAGAAUAGGCCAGUAGGCAGGAACCUCCUCUCACCUUUUCACACUCCACCUUGUCCUUCCUAUAUUCUUUCUUAUGAAGAGACUUGCUUGAUGUCUCAAUUUUGCUUCAAAUUUCAAGAAAACAAUGAUCCCCUUUUUUUGGUUAAUACUUCUAGCACACAUCAGAUGGGUAAAUACAGCAGAUCUAGCAAAUGUUCCAACUUCACAUGUCCUAAACAUAUUCAUAUUAGCCGGACAAAGCAACAUGUCCGGCCGAGGUGGUGUCGUUAACCAUGGCCAAAAUGGCAUGGUUAAUGAAACGUGGGAUGGUGUAAUUCCACCUGAGUGUCAAUCCAACCUAAACAUCCUUAAACUCAAUGCAGGAUUCCAAUGGGUUGAGGCUCAAGAACCACUUCACCAAGACAUAGAUUUAGGUAAAGUUUGUGGGGUUGGACCAGGUAUGUCAUUUGCCAAUUCAGUUCUAAAAAGAGAUCCAAAUAUUGGAGUGAUUGGUUUGGUGCCUUGUGCAAUUGGAGGAACAAAUAUAAGUGAAUGGGCUCGUGGUGGUGUUCUGUAUAAUCAUAUGAUAAGGAGGACAGAAGCAGCUUUGCAAGGAGGUGGGAAACUUCAAGGUUUGCUGUGGUACCAAGGUGAAAGUGAUACACAGAGUCUUGAGGAUGCCAAAUUGUACAGAUUUAGAUUAAAGAGAUUAUUCAAGAAUGUGCUCCAUGAUCUACAGUCACCUUCAUUGCCUGUGAUACAGGUGGCAUUGGCAUCUUCUCUAGGGCCUUAUAUGGAACAGAUUAGAAAAGCUCAAGUGGGUAUUAAUCUUCCAAAUGUAAGAACUGUUGAUGCCAAAGGGCUCCCUGUAGGUAUGGAUUAUGUGCACAUUACCACACUAGCACAGGUCCAGCUUGGGCAAAUGCUGGCUGAUGCCUUCCUUCAAACUCAAACUACUCAGGCUGUGCUACUCCCUGUUGAUCAGACUGUGACUAGUAAUGCCCCCAAAUGUUGCUCAAACUUUGUUUUGGAUCUUCUAUCUAGUCCAUUUAGAUAAUGCAGAUUACGGAUAUCAGAGAUUUAGUCGUGGGAUCAUGACCCAAUUAACCCGUCUAUAUGGUUGCUUGGAAUUAGUCGAGGUGCAAGCAAGUUGGCACGCACAUCAUGGUUAUCAAAGAAAUCAUUCAAAAAUAUUAAAACCAUGGAUUGGAGCUGUACCAAAUCACGAGUAGUUUAUUAGAUAUUGUUAGCUGGAGUACAAAGUUUCCAUUGGUAGAUGAUACUCAAUCCUCAGAUAAAGCCAACAUAUUCCAAGUGGGCACGCAGCAACAGCAUCUGAUUUAUUUCAAAAGGCAAAGCCAAAGAUAAUUCAUGUUUCAAAAAGCUUAAGUCUUGAUAUAUGCAUACCUCACUGGCACACAUAGUAUAUAUAAAAAAUAAUUAUUUAUUUCAUGAUUUAACUAGCUGGUUGAUAAUUAUUUAUUUUCAUGAUUGAACUUGCUGCUUGGUGUGAUGUAGAAUGUGUGAUAGUAAAAUUGUAAAAAGACCUUAUGUUUCUCUGUAAAAUUGCUCUGGGAAGUAAAAGGGUAGAUAAGAAGAAGUAUUGGUUGAUUC